AUGGAAUCAUCCCUGGAGUUCUCAAACUCGUUCACCAGUGUGUCUUCGCCCUCCGCGCGGUGUCGGAUCUUCAAGAUCAUCGUGAUAGGAGACUCCGGUGUCGGUAAAACCUGUCUCACCUACCGGUUCUGUGCUGGUGAGUUCCCCGACCGAACCGAAGCCACCAUCGGUGUCGAUUUCCGUGAGAGAUUGGUCGAGGUUUGAAGGCGAGAAAAUCAAGGUAAGAGAAGUAUAAAGUUUAAACCAUUAUUUCAAAUAUUAUGAACGAGUUGGGUCGAAAUUAAAUUCCGCGUUCCACAAUUAAUCCAUCAGAGAAUCACUGCGUAAAAAUGUGCCUUUUCAGUUUUAUGCAUACGCAUUUUAAGAAGGUGGUGUUGAUUUCAUUCAGACUGCACUCAUUUAUUCUGAACACAGACGCUUAACCAGUAACGCGUACAAAGGGCAGAUGUCUAUAAAAAUGCCUCGAAGUAUGGGGAUAAACUAGAUAGCCUAGGCGUAAGCUGCGCCCACUAUUGCGCAUGAACAGCAGUAUGUGGUGUCAUAUUUGGUCUACAAGUCUUAAUUAUGUGCCUUUUGAAAUAUUGUUUUAUUUGUACAGGACUAACAAACAUGACUACUGUGUGUUCAAACAAAAUGUAAUCUAGAUAAAUGUUCAUAUUUCGUUUUUGCCUAAACCAGUGUAGGCUAUCCAAGUGUCAUUUUUAAAUGCUCAGUUGAAAGGACUGUGACACAACACAGUGCUUGUUGUUUGGCCUCUUGGAUCAACAGUCACUGUUUGGUUAAAUAAGUAGGAAUACAAUGACAGUCUUUGUAACUUUAAACUAGUGCGUUUCAGAGUUACAUACUUACAUACAGCAGAACAAACCACAUUUGCUUUUAUAUCCUCAUGACACAGAUGGAAAAAGGAUUAUCCCAAUUUCACCUGGGCACAUAACAUAUUAACAUUAGUAGGUUUAUUUAAUGUGGUGAAAAAAGUAUUGUAACAUCAGUGAUAGGCUACUUAAUGUGAUUGGUGUGUGUUUACGGAAACACAGACAUGAAAGAGGAUAUUGGCCAACCCAUGUCAUCUUUAUCAGAGCAGGGCACACUACAUGAUAGAGGAAGCAAGUCAUGGUGAAUAACAAGGCAUUGUUUUGUGUGUGUGAGAGAGAGAGAUUUAGCCAGUUAAUUUCCCUCUUGCUGUUUCUUCUUCUGCUAUCUCUUUUUCUGUCUUGCUCUCUCCUCUCUUGGAUGGUCUGUAAUUAGUGUUGUGUUGCGUCUUGCCUACAUGUGCCUUUAAUUAGACAGAAACAUUCAGAGAAAACGUUAAUAUAAAGUGUGUCCCCCCCCCACAUUGUUUUUGUGUAGGACCAACUCAUAGUCACAAUCACACACUGUUGAUGACUAACACACAUCCCUCCUCCACUCAUAGCUACACACACACACACAGUGAAGCCGUCGUUUGAAUACUGUGAGGUGGGCUCUAGGGAGAGUUUAGCGAGAGUGUGUGACUCAUUCUCCCUGGUGGUGUACAUGGGCCCACCGCUGAUAAUGAGCUAAAACAAAAACUCUCUCUUUGUCUCACAUUCUUUCUUUCUCUCCCAUUCUCUGUGAUCUCAAUCGUUACCUUGGAGUCCAGACAUGGGUCUCUGAGAGAGAGAGAGAGAGAGCCCAGACAUGGGUCUCUGAGAGAGAGAGAGAGAGAGCCCAGACAUGGGUCUCUGAGAGAGAGAGAGAGAGAGAGCCCAGACAUGGGUCUCUGAGUGAGUGAGUGAGUGAGUGAGUGAGUGAGUGAGGACCAGAGUCUCUGGGUUAGCAAGAGGAGCACGGAAUAGUUUUUUCACUUUUGGGACUAUCCAAUUGGUUUCAUUGUUCCGGGACAAAUUAAAUCAAGCAUUGCCAUCUUGUAUUUCUGUAUUUGACAUCUUGUAUUUCUGCCUUUUGGCAUUUGUGUAUUCUGGUUCUCUCAAUUCAAUUUAAAAUGAAGGGCUUUAUUGGCAUGGGAAACGUAUGUUAACAUUGCCAAAGCAAGUGAAGUAGAUAGUAAACAAAAGUGAAAUAAACAAUAAAUAUUAACAGUAAACAUUACACUCAGAAGUUCUAAAAGAAUAAAGACAUUUCAAAUGUCAUAUAUAUAUAUAUAUAUAUAUAUAUAUAUAUAUAUAUAUAUACACACACAGUGUUAUAACGAUGUGCAAAUACUUAAAGUACAAAUGGGAAAAUAAAUAAACAUAAAUAUGGGUUGUAUUUACAAUGGUGUUUGUUCUUCACUGGUUGCCCUUUUCUUGUGGCAACAGGUCACAAAUCUUGCAGCUGUGAUGGCACACUGUGGUUUUUCACCCAGUAGAUAAGGGAGUUUAUCAAAAUUGGGUUUGUUUUCAAAUUCUUUGUGGAUCUCUGUAUUCUGAGGGAAAUAUGUGUCUCUAAUAUGGUCAUACAUUUGGCAGGAGGUUAGGAAGUGCAGCUCAGUUUCCACCUCAUUUUGUGGGCAGUGUGCACAUAGCCUGUCUUCUCUUGAGAGCCAGAUCUGCCUACGGCGGCCUUUCUCAAUAGCAAGGCUAUGCUCACAGAGUCUGUACAUAGUCAAAGCUUUCCUUAAGUUUGGGUCAGUCACAGUGGUCAGGUAUUCUGCCACUGUGUACUCUCUGUUUAGGGCCAAAUAGCAUUCUAGUUUGCUCAGUUUUUUUGUUAAUUCUUUCCAAUGUGUCAAGUAAUUCUCUUUUUGUUUUCUCAUGAUUUGGUUGGGUCUCUCUCUCUCUCUCUCUCUCUCUCUCUCUCUCUCUCUCUCUCUCUCUCUCUCUCUCUCUCUCUCUCUCUCUCUCUCUCUCUCUCUCUCUCUCUCUCUCUCUCUCUGCAAAGUAUGUAGAGCCCAUUAGAGGCUAAAAUGUUACUUGACUUGAGGUUACGAUAAGACAGGGUUGACCUUCUGAUUGGAAGCAGUUAUCAUGAGAGAACUGGAGGAGAAAUCAUUAUAUUGAUGUUGGUCUUUUAUCUGGCAGUUUGAUAUUGAUUGUUCAGUCAACUGCUGAUGUAAAAAGUGCUAUAUAAAAUACAUUGAUUGAUCGUAGCUAAAAAUGGUAGUUUGACCAGUGAGUCGAUACGUUGAUGGGAAGUAGGCGAACAUCAUCUGCUGACUAACUGAUGUGUGUUUAUACAGCUCUCCUGCGCCCUCUCUCCUGCGCCCUCUCUCCUCCGCCCUCUCUCCUGCGCCCUCUCCUGCCCUCCUGCACCUCUCUCCUGCGCCUCUCUCCUGCGCCCUCUCUCAAGUCCCUCCUGCGCCCUCUCUCCACGUCCUCUCUCCUGCGCCCUCUCUCACGCCUCUCUCCACGUCCCUCUCUCCUGCGCCCUCUCUCCAACGUCCUCUCUCCUGCGCCCUGCUCUCCAACGUCCUCUCUGCCCUGCGUCCCUCUCCCCUUCUCAACGUCCUCUCUCCUGCGCCCUCUCUCCAACGUCCUCUCUCCUCCGCCCUCUCUCCUCCGCCCUCUCUCCUCCGCCCUCUCUCCUGCACCCUCUCUCCUGCGCCCUCUCUCCUGCGCCCUCUCUCCAACGUCCUCUCUCCUGCGCCCUCUCUCCUGCGCCCUCUCUCCAACGUCCUCUCUCCUGCGCCCUCUCUCCAACGUCCUCUCUCCUGCGCCCUCUCUCCAACGUCCUCUCUCCUGCGCCCUCUCUCCAACGUCCUCUCUCCUCCGCCCUCUCUCCUGCGCCCUCUCUCCUGCGCCCUCUCUCUAACGUCCUCUCUUUUGAAAUCUGACACACCCCCUUUAAAUCAGCUAUUGUUUUCUCAAAAGACAAAAGCAUUUAAACAUUUAAAAAUGAUAUGCUACUUAUCCUUCUAUCUAUGAAAUGUUUUGCACAACUAGCUAAAUUAGUUUUUUAUCACUUUAUACAUUUAUUUUGCGAUUCCACCCUGUAAACCUAAUUUGCAUGAUGACGCGCGAUUGGAGAAGUCUCAUUUCAUACAAGCAAAUUUUCGUCCACUUUCCCUCUCCUCGCCGCCUCUCCUCGAUUUUUACCUUGGACCUUUUUCUAAAGGAAGCCAGAGAGGAGAGAGGACGCAGGAGUUGAGCCAAUCUAAUUGAGAAAAGGCUUCUCAUUCCCUCCCUCCCUCUCUCUUCUCGUCUGUCUGCUUCCCCCUCUUUCUCCAUCUCUCUCUAAAACCCCUUCUCUCACAUGUAGAAGUGUUUUAACACCCCAACCAUCUCUCUCUUUCCAGCUCCAGCUAUGGGACACGGCGGGCCAGGAGCGUUUCAGGAAGUCUAUGGUCCAGCAGUACUAUCGGAACGUUCACGCUGUUCUCUUCAUCUAUGAUGUCACCAGGCCAGACAGCUUCAGAGGCCUGCCAGCCUGGAUAGAGGAGUGUAGACGGUAUUCACUGGGACAGGAGAUACCCAGGUUAGUCAUAUACACAACCUGGAUAGAGGAGUGUAGACGGUAUUCACUGGGACAGGAGAUACCCAGGUUAGUCAUAUACACAACCUGGAUAGAGGAGUGUAGACGGUAUUCACUGGGACAGGAGAUACCCAGGUUAGUUAUAUACACAACCUGGAUAGAGGAGUGUAGACGGUAUUCACUGGGACAGGAGAUACCCAGGUUAGUCAUAUACACAACCUGGAUAGAGGAGUGUAGACGGUAUUCACUGGGACAGGAGAUACCCAGGUUAGUUAUAUACACAACCUGGAUAGAGGAGUGUAGACAGAACUCACAGUGAAUGGACAUUCCAAGAUCAGUAAGUCAUAUUAGAACCCAAUUCCAUUUGUCCUUUUUUGUUCAUUUGCCCCCUUUACACUUGAUCAGUUCCACAUGGAGGCCCAGAGGAGCUAGCUCUAUCUCGAGGAUCAGAUUCAGAAAAGCUGUAUUGUGUCAGCAUUGGGCAGCUGUGUUUACACACACCUCAACCAACACACAAUGUAACAACACACAGUAAACACAUUGUUUUGAAUAUUCUGUAGGGGACAACUUUGCCCUUUCGGUUGUAACCUGUAACGUUUUAAACUCUCCAUAUGUCUCCCCCUCUGCAGGUUCCUCGUGGGCAACAAGAGCGACCUCCGUGACACCCGCAGCCGUGACCCCCGCGCCAUCAAGGUCGAAGGUCAGGUGACACGGGAGCAGGCCCAGAAGUUUGCCGCGGCCCACGGGAUGAUUCUGUUUGAAACGUCUGCUAAAAGCCUCCCUGGAGGAGGAGGAAGAAGAGGGGGUGGUGUUGGAGGAGAACCAGGAGGGGGGCAUCAGGACAGCGUCGAGGAUGUGUUUAUGGCCCUGGCCUCCAGGCUGAAGAGACAGACCAGACCCCCUCCCCCGGUUCUCAACAACACAGGAGUGUCUGGGUCCUAUUGUGGGUCCUAUACAGGGACAGCUUCAUUCAGACUGCCGGAUAAGAAGAACCCUCAUAAAGACUUCUGGACAUGCACCUGUUGAGGGGGGAGGGAGGGAGGGAGGGGGACGGAGUGGGAGGGAGGGAGUGAGAGGGAGUGAGAGGGAGAGUGAGAGUGGGAGUGAGAUCCUCUCUGAUCAAGCAUCUAUAUCAGUGGAGGCUGCUGAGGGGAGGACGGCUCAUAAUAAUGGCUGGAAUGGGAUGCUACCAUUCCAUUUACUCCAUUCUGGCCAUUAUUAUGAGCCGUCCUCCCCCUCGAGCCAAAAAUGUGUGGCAUGGCAAUUCAAUAAGGAGAUAGCUAGAGGGCAGAAACCGACUGGUACCCAGGAUAAAGACGAAAGGGUCGUUCCACCAAUCCGAUGCCUUCACCUCAUUUCAACAUUCUGUGUUAAAGAGCACACGUUCAACUUCAUAAAAAAAUAUGUUUUCCAUCUCAAGCGGUUAAAUAAAACAAUGACUAUAGUAAGUGGCAAAUAAAGUGACAGGGUUGACCGUGACAGGGUUGACCGUGACAGGGUUGACCGUGACAGGGUUGACCGUGACAGGGUUGACGAUAUCAUCUUAAAUCAGCCAUAAAUCCCCUUAUGACAAGGGGAAUGGAAGCGUGUUACUGUAUGUGCAACAAGGGAUGGGCAAUUGAAUGCAAGCUUCACAAAACAUUUGUAAUUGUUAAAACAUUUCUAGCCUGUCUAUCUGUAGUUAAUAGGGUUGACUUGUUACGCUCCACCGGUUCAGUUUUACUGCACAAAACACCAGAAAAUGGCCCAAAACAGUAGAACAAUCUCAAACACUUUUGCACUAUGAUUUGACGAUUAGAUGUUCAAUGUUUCUUCAAAAAAAUAUUUCAAAAGGAAUAGUUUCACCAUAUUAAAAUGAGAGUUAAAUUCACGUAACAGGGUUGACCUUAAAAUGAGGGACUGGUGAAAAAUGAAUCACUAAUCACAUGAAAUAAAUCAUAAUGUUCAGCAAUAAAAUAACUAGGGCUUUACAAUGAUGGAUACAUGUUGGGUGUAAGUGGGUUAAAAUCUUGCUAGAAGUCACAGAGGGACAUUUCAAAAUGCUCAAUUCUAUUCAUAUUGCACUUCAUUUAAUAUAACAGGCUUUUAAAAUUCAAUAUUGGUGCUCAAUUUCUACCUAAAAUAUCAAAGGGACGCAAAAGGCACUCAUUUCGUGGAACGACCCAGAAACAGUUGAGACUCUAGGAGAUACUCCUCUGGAAGUACUGCAUAAUGUAACAUUCUGACACUUGUGCGGUGGGUCAUCUUUAUCUGUCCAUGUUUGCCAUCUUUGGCAUUGUAUAGCAGGAAAUAUAGGACUGAAAAUGUACAUUCUUAAUUACUUAUGAUGUGUGUAAAUGUUUUCAAUAUUCAAUAAAAUAAUCAAUGUUCUACAAAGUUGUCAUCAAUAGUACUACUCUUUUCUGUGAACCGAAUUGGGUUAUAUUGUUCAUCCCAUGGUAGUUUGUCUGAUUUUACCACAGCGAUCAAAUGCAGGUCUGUAUUACUUUUCAGUGUUCAUUUUGAAGUUAGUUCAGUAGGUUUCUUGCUCUCUGGAUGAGAAGAAGUUCAAUAGCUGCCCCAGGAUACAAAGGGAAGCACAGCCGCGAGCUGCCCAGUGACACGAGCCUACCAGACCAGCUAAAUCACUUCUAUGCUCGCUUCGUGGCAAGCAACACUGAAGCAUGCAUGAGAGCGUCAGCUGUUCCGGAUGACUAUGUGAUCACGCUCUGCGUAGCUGAUGUGAAUAAGACUUUUAAGCAGGUCAACAUUCACAAGGCCGCAGGGCCAGACGGAUUACCAGGACGCGUACUCCGAGCAUGCGCUGACCAACUGGCAAGUGUCUUCACUGACAUUUUCAACAUGUACCUUGACUGAGUCUGUAAUACCAACAUGUUUUAAGCAGACCACCAUAGUCCCUGUGCCCACCUAAAUUACUACUGACCCGUAACACUCAAGACUGUAGCCAUUAAGUGCUUUGAAAGGCUGGUCUUGGCUCACAUCAACACCAUUAUCCCAGAAAACCUAGGCCCACUUAAAUUUGCAUACCGCCCCAACAGAUCCAUAGAUGAUGCAAUCUCUAUUGCACUCCACACUGCCCUUUCCCACCUGGACAAGAGGAACACCUAUGUGAGAAUGCUAUUCUCAUAGUGCCCUCAAAGCUCAUCACUAAGCUAAGGAUCCUGGGACUAAACACCUCCCUCUGCAACUGGAUCCUGGACUUCCUGACGGGCCGCCCCCAGGUGGUAAGGGUAGGUAACAACACAUCUGCCACACUGAUCCUCAACACGGGGGCCCCUCAGGGGUGCGUGCUCAGUCCCCUCCUGUACUCUCUGUUCACCCAUGACUGCAUGGCCAGGCACGACUCCAACACCAUCAUUAAGUUUGCCGACGACACAACAGUGGUAGGCCUGAUCACCGACAACGAUGAGACAGCCUAUAGGGAGGAGGUCAGAGAUCUGGCCGUGUGGUGCCAGGACAACAACCUCUCCCUCAACGUGACCAAGACAAAGGAGAUGAUUGUGGACUACAGGAAAAAAAAGAGGACUGAGCACGCCCCCAUUCUCAUCGACGGGGCUGUAGUGGAACAGGUUGAGAGCUUCAAGUUCCUUGGUGUCCACAUCACCAACGAACUAUCAUGGUCCAAACACACCAAGACAGUCGUGAAGAGGGCACGACAAAGCCUAUUCCCCCUCAGGAGACUAAAAAGAUUUGGCAUGGGUCCUCAGAUCCUCAAAAAAUUCUACAGCUGCACCAUCGAGAGCAUCCUGACUGGUUGCAUCACCGCCUGGUAUGGCAACUGCUUGGCCUCUGACCGCAAGGCACUACAGAGGGUAGUGCGUACGGCCCAGUACAUCACAGGGGCAAAGCUCCCUGCCAUCCAGGACCUCUAUACCAGGCGGUGUCAGAGGAAGGCCCUCAAAAUUGUCAAAGACUCCAGUCACCCUAGUCAUAGACUGUUCUCUCUGCUACCGCACGGCAAGCGGUACCGGAGUGCCAAGUCUAGGUCCAAAAGACUUCUCAACAGCUUCUACCCCCAAGCCAUAAGACUCCUGAACAGCUAAUCAUGGCUACCCGGACUAUUUGCACUGCCCCCCCCACCCCAUACUUUUUACGCUGCUGCUACUCUGUUAAGUAUUUAUGCAUAGUCACUUUAACUCUACCCACAUGUACAUAUUACCUCAACUACCUCAACUAGCCGGUGCCCCCGCACAUUGACUAUGCAACGGUACCCCCCUGUAUAUAUAGCCUCCCUACUGUCACUUUAUUCUAUUGUAUAUAUAGCCUCCCUACUGUCACUUUAUUUUUACUUCUGCUCUUUUUUUCUCAACACUUUUUUUGUUGUUGUUUUAUUCUUACUUUUUUUGUUUAAAAUAAAUGCACUGUUGGUUAAGGGCUGUAAGUAAGCAUUUCACUGUAAUGUCUGCACCUGUUGUAUUCGGCGCAUGUGAGCAAUAAAAUUUGAUUUGAUUUGAUUUGAUUUGAUAUUCAUUGACUACAGCUCAGCGUUAACGCCAUAGUGCCCUCAAAGCUCAUCACUAAGCUAAGGACCCUGGGACUAAACACCUCCCUCUGCAACUGGAUCCUGGACUUCCUGACGGGCCCCUCCCCAGGUGGUAAGGGUAGGUAACAACACAUCUGCCACGCUGAUCCUCAACACGGGGGCCCCUCAGGGGUGUGUGCUCAGUCCCCUCCUGUACUCCCUGUUCACCCAUGACUGCAUGGCCAGGCACGACUCCAACACCAUCAUUAAGUUUGCCGACGACACAACGGUGGUGGGCCUGAUCACCGACAACGAUGAGACAGCCUAUAGGGAGGAAGUCAGAGACCUGGCCGUGUGGUGCCAGGAUAACAACCUGUCCCUCAACGUGACCAAGACAAAGGAGAUGAUUGUGGACUACAGGGAAUCAAAGAGGACUGAGUACGCCCCCAUUCUCAUCGAUGGGGCUGUAGUGGAACAGGUUGAGAGCUUCAAGUUCCUUGGUAUCCACAUCACCAACAAACUAUCAUGGUCCAAACACACCAAGACAGUCGUGAAGAGGGCACGACAAAGCCUAUUCCCCCUCAGGAGACUGAAAAUAUUUGGCAUGGGUCCACAGAUCCUCAAAAAGUUAUACAGCUGCACCAUCGAGAGCAUUCUGACUGGUUGCAUCACUGCCUGGUAUGGCAACUGCUCGGCCUCCGACCGCAAGGCACUACAGAGGGUAGUGCGUACGGCCCAGUACAUCACUGGGGCCAAGUUUCCUGCCAUCCAGGCGGUGUCAGAGGAAGGCCCUAAAAAUUGUCAAAGACUCCAGCCACCCUAGUCAUAGACUGUUCACUCUGCUACCGCACGGCAAGCGGUACCGGAGCGCCAAGUCUAGGUCCAAAAGGCUCCUUAACAGCUUCUACCCCCAAGCCAUAAGACUCCUGAACAGCUAAUCAUGGCUACCCAGACUAUUUGCAUUGUCCCCACCCCCUCUUUUACACUACUGCUACUCUCUGUUUAUUAUCUAUGCAUAGUCACUUUACCUCUACCCACGUGUACAUAUUACCUCAAUUACCUCGACUAACCGGUGCCCCUGCACAUUGACUCUGUACCGGUACCCCCUGUAUAUAGCCUCCCUACUGUUAUUUUAUUUUACUGCUGCUGCUUUAAUUAUUUUUUAUUUGUAUUUUUUGCUUAACCUCUUAAGGAUCGGACCCUUUUUUUUUUUUUUCUCGCCUAAAAUGACAUACCCAAAUCUAACUGCCUGUAGCUCAGGACCUGAAGCAAGGAUAUGCAUAUUCUUGACACCAUUUGAAAGGAAACACUUUGAAGUUUAUGGAAAUAUGAAAUUAAUGUAGGAGAAUAUAACACAUUAGAUCUGGUAAAAGAUCAUACAAAACAAAAAACAUGCGUUUUCUUAUUUAUUUAUUUUUCUCAUAUUUGAAAUGCAAGAGAAAGGCCACAAUAUAAUAUUGCAGUUUAGGCGCAAUUUAGAUUUUAGCCACUAGAUGGAAGCAGUGUGUGUGCAAAGUUUCAGAUUGAUCCAGUGAAGCAUUGCAAUCCUGGACUAUUUUGUAUCAAGUCUGCCCAAAUGUGUCAAAUUGGUCAAUUGAUACAUUUUCAAGUACAUACCUAGUACGUAACUAUAGAGACCAUACAAAAAUGAUAUGAUAAUACAAAAUGUAAGUUUAUACACUCCCAGGAUCAUUAGCUUAUACACUAUACACUUUCACACAUCUAGAUGGCCGGGCAGGGUGGGUGUGGAGCCAAAGACAGCAGGGGUUCAAACUGUAGAACCCAGUUCCUACAUUUGAACAUAACAAUUUAUUUUAUCAAAUAAAACUAUGCUACAUUUUAUCUCUGGGACCCUUAGGAUGACAAAUCAGAGCAAGAUUACUGAAUGUAAGUACAUUAUUUACCUUCAGAGGUGAAUGUAUCAAACCAGUUGCUGUGAUACGUUUUUGUUGUUGUUGUGCACUCUCCUCAAACAAUAGCAUGGUAUGUUUUCACUGUAAUAGCUAUUAUAAAUUGGACAGUGCAGUUAGAUUAACAAGAACUUAAGCUUUCUGCCCAUAUAAGACGUCUAUGUCCUGGAAAGUGUGCUGUUAUUUACAACAGUCAUGCUAAUCACAUUAGCGCACGUUAGCUCAACCGUCCCGUAUACGGGACACCGAUCCCGUGGAGGUUAACACUUAUUUUUCUUAAACCUGCAUUGUUGGUUAAGGGCUUGUAAGUAAGCAUUUCACUGUAAGGUGUAGGGCGCAUGUGGCAAAUAACAUUUGAUUUGAUUUGAAAUCAACUGUGAAAAGGUUACACUUCACAACCGAUAUACUUCCUGGAAACCCUCCCUUCUCCAUGGUUACUGUGGUAGAGGGACUACACAGGAGGAGGAGUGUGCUGGUCAUGCAAUAGUCUGGUGCAUGAGUGUGGGUGGUUGAGAAUGGUGUGUGUGUGUGACUCAGAGGCCAUCACAUGACCUUUCUCUUCUGCUCAGUGCAGCAGACCACACACUUGCAACACACAUGCCACCAACAGCUGUGUGUGUGUGUGUGUGUGUGUGUGUGUGUGUUUGUGUUUGGCAGCAGUAUGGGGUAACAUUCAUCAGCUGACAAAGGUCCUUCUUGGUUCUCUCUCCCCUUUCACAGACUUCCUGAACUGACUGAACAAGUAGAAGGUGCCUCCUAGUUGCCUUUAAGCACUGGUUUCAGAUCAGGGAGUUCAUAAAGAUUCUCAGAGUAGGACUGCUGAUCUAGGAUCAGGUCCAUGUGAACUUAUUCCUUACCAUCGACUUGACUCAUAAUGGUUCAUUGGGUUAGUAAAAGCUGGUCCUAGAUCUGCACUAUAUCUGUGUUUUAUGAACCUAUCUCUAUUGUUAUAUGGCAUUUUACAACAGCAACAUAAUGACCUAUAUCGCAAAUCAGUUGGAGUCCAGGAGUUCAUUUCAUUGAUAACAUGCCUAGGAACUCAGGAAGGGAGGAACCCAAUUCUAGAUGAAGAUCCUAUAUUGACUACUGUUUGGUAACACUCAGUUAUAUAACCUACAGAUGGUAACAAUCAGUUAUAUACCUAUAGAUGGUAACACUCAGUCAAUAUAGAUGAACCUGUACCUUCAAUACCACCUAAUCCCUGUUAUCAGUCAAUAUAGAUGGACCUGUACCUUCAUUACCACCUAAUCCCUGUUAUCAGUCAAUAUAGAUGGACCUGUACCUUCAUUACCACCUAAUCCCUGUUAUCAGUCAAUAUAGAUGGACCUGUACCUUCAUUACCACCUAAUCCCUGUUAUCAGUCAAUAUAGAUGAACCUGUACCUUCAAUACCACCUAAUCCCUGUUAUCAGUCAAUAUAGAUGGACCUGUACCUUCAUUACCACCUAAUCCCUGUUAUCAGUCAAUAUAGAUGAACCUGUACCUUCAAUAUUUACAUUUACAUUUAAGUCAUUUAGAAGACGCUCUUAUCCAGAUAUCUGUGGCAAGAGUAAGGAUAUUGCAUUCAUCUACCUCAGUAUAUUUUUUUAAUGUCACAUAACAUUUAUAAUGCCUCACUACGAUCAAUACAAUCACACCUCUUUGUGUGGCUCAGUUAUUGUUUUUAAAAGCACAACCACAGCAGGUGUUGUGGAACAUGAGUUUCCAGUAAGCGUACAGACACGUACACAGUAAGCAUAUCAUUUGAUGAUCGACACACAGACACAGUCCUGGAUGUUAUUCGCCGACUCUAGAAAAAUGUUAAUUUCCAAGAAUUCGUUUUUUCCUGUUUGUCAUGCUCUGUUGAGAAGGAGAUGACAUUCCUGUCUAAAUGUCUGCUGUCGGAGGUGGUGUUCUACUGUAUUCUGAGCCUCAGGGUUGGGAAGAGGAGAGACCAGCAGCUCAGGGCCCUGUUCUAAUCCUUUAUGCAUCCUUCCUCCUUUCCUUCCUGUCUCCUUGGCGAUAGGGACAUGGAGCCUCAGGGUUGGGAAGAGGAGGGACCAGCAGCUCAGGGCCCUGUUCUAAUACUUUAUGCAUCCUUCCUCCUUUCCUUCCUGUCUCCUUGGCGAAAGGGACAUGGAGCCUCAGGGUUGGGAAGAGGAGGGAUUGGUAGAAGCUCAGGGCCCUGUUCUAAUCCUUUAUGCAUCCUUCCUCCUUUCCUUCCUGUCUCCUUGGCGAUAGGGACAUGGAGCCUCAGGGUUGGGAAGAGGAGGGACCAGCAGCUCAGGGCCCUGUUCUAA